AUUCUUUUGAUUGGCAGCUCGGCGGACCAAUAGCUGGCUCCGCCUGUCUGUAGCUUAGCUAACGCAGUACGACGUUAUAACUUUAUAACUAAUAGCUACCAGCGUUUAGUUGCAGGCGCUGAUAAAACAGGUUGGAGCGGCUGUGAAAGAUGUCUCGAGAACAGCUGAUCGUACAGAGGGCCAGGAAGGCCUUCCAGACGGGGAGAAGCAAACCUCUGGAGUACAGGCUCCACCAGCUCAAGAGCCUGCUCCGCUUCCUCACCGAGAGACGGGGGGACAUUGCAGACGCUGUCAAGAGGGACCUGGGCAAGAGUGAACGUGGGACCGAGCUGUUUGAGACAAUUGGACUGGAGGGAGAGAUCAAGCUGGCCAUAGAGAACCUGGCAGAGUGGGCAGCUCCUCGGCCAGUAGAGAAGAGCCUCCUUACCAUAACGGAUGAGGUUUAUGUGCAGCCCGAGCCUCUGGGGUUGGUGCUCAUUAUCGGGGCCUGGAACUACCCCUGGGCCCUCACCCUCCAGCCGCUGGUUGGAGCUAUCGCUGCUGGUAACGCAGCAGUAAUAAAACCAUCUGAGGUCAGCUCUCACUCUGCCAAGGUCAUGGAGGAGCUCCUACCUCAGUAUCUAGACAAAGACCUGUACCCAGUGGUGACAGGUGGAGUGCCAGAGAGCCAGGAGCUGCUGAAGCAGAGAUUCGACCACAUCUUCUACACAGGAAGCAGCACAGUGGGUAAAGUGGUGAUGGAGGCUGCAGCUCGCCACCUCACCCCGGUGACCCUGGAGCUGGGAGGGAAGAGCCCCUGCUACAUUGACAAGGACUGUGACAUCACUGUAGCAUGUCGUCGCAUUACAUGGGGAAAGUUUGUCAACUGUGGCCAGACGUGCAUCGCUCCAGACUACAUUCUGUGUGAACCAUCCAUCCAGAGCAGGGUAGUCGAAGAGAUCAACAGAUGCAUCAAGGAGUUUUACACAGACAACCCAAAAACCUUUGAGGACUACGGACGCAUUAUUAACCAGCGGCACUUUAAGAGGGUCAUGGCUCUCAUGGAGGGGAGCACAGUGGCUGUUGGUGGAGACAGUGAUGAAUCCCAGUGCUACAUAGCGCCCACUGUGCUGAAGGAUGUGACGGGGGAAUCCAAAGUGAUGACAGAGGAGAUCUUUGGGCCGCUGCUGCCCAUCAUCACAGUGAGCGGAGUGAACGAGGCCAUCCAGUUUAUCAACGAGAGGGAAAAACCUCUGGUCGUAUACAUCUUCUCUCAUGACAACAAGCUGAUCAAAAGGGUGAUAGCUGAGACGUCGAGCGGAGCUCUGCUGGCUAAUGACUGUCUGGUACACUUCACUGUUAGCGCUCUGCCCUUUGGAGGAGUUGGUAACAGUGGUAUGGGCUGUUACCACGGCCGGCACAGCUUCGACCAGCUCAGCCACCUGCGCAGCUGUCUGAUCAAGCAGCUGAAGAUGGAGGGAGUGAACAGCAUGCGUUACCCGCCGCACACCGCCAAGAAGCUGGGCUGGGCUCGAUUCUUCCUGCUCAAGCAGGUUAAUGUGUGCAGGCUGCGACGCGUGGCACUGCUCACCGUGUUGGCUGGCUUGGUAGCAUUUGUGAUGCAGAGAAUUCUGCGAUGAAGCUGAGGAGCACGCACUGACGGCCCGAGCUGAACCCAGGUCAGGUGCAGGUGGACUCCUGACCUGCAGUGAAACCCAGCACUCCUGUUAUUUACUGGUCCAAAUCAUUUCUCCAUCAUGUAGGCUUAUUCAACUGAUUUAUGUGUUCUGUUACAUCUAAAGCUGCUGUUUUAGUUUUUAUUGUUUGACAUGGAUUUUAUAGCAGUUUAAUCUGUACUAUUUUAAUUUUAAUUUAACCUGAUUAUUAGAAGUUGUACUUUUAGAUUGUUGAAGUUAUGAAUCACUGCUGAAGAGGCAGGGGGCAUUAAUGGAGUCAUACAUUUCAUGACACAAUGAAAAUCAGCGUGCACAUCUUUAAUAUGCAAACCAUCAUUUCAUUUCACUCUGUGCAAUUAAACAUCAACAUGUCA